AUGUCGGCUGCAAAGUUGGUUCAGUAUAUUGUCGUAAAUGGAGAAAUUGCAAAAACAUGGCCCAAAGGUGCACUUAUCGCACAGUGUUGCCAUGCCGUGGCUGCUGUGGCCCAUCUAUAUGCAACCGAUCCAGACACCGUGGAAUAUUUUAAGGACCUAGAUAAUAUGCAUAAAGUAGUGCUUGAGGCACCGGACGCGACCAAGCUGGCUGGUCUGGGGGAAACGUUGCAACAGAACGACGUGAAGCAUAAGGUGUGGAUAGAGCAGCCGGAAAAUUUAGCAACCUGCAUCGCCCUGAAACCGUACCCGAAGGAAGAGGUACAAAAGUAUAUGAAAAAAUUCAAACUGCUUAGCUAA